AUGCCUGCUGGCCAACAAAUAGACGCCCUGGCGGCGUUCACCUACCUGUCGGACAACAUACCAGCCUGGCUCGGUCGACUUUCUGAACUCUCUACUCAUACAACUGCCAAAAAUGCAGAAUAUGCCGAGGCCUACAAGCGACAUGUCGCGGUAAGACCGCGUCGUCGCAAGAACAGCUCGAUCUGCUCCAUCCGAACCGAGGACCUACGCUCGUCGGCCCCCGAUACCGAAACCCGGCCUCAGUCAUCCGCCGCCGAAACACGUACGACCGUUACCACCCCGAAUACUUCCCAGCACCAGGCGAAUGUGAAUCCCCGGAAACGCGGCGCAGAAGAAGCGCCCACCCUGGAUGGCAGCGACCAGGGUCCAUUCGUCAGUACACGCAAUAACCUCAUUAUCCACUAUGACGGCCAUACACAGAAGGUCUUGGAGGAGAUGGUGCGAAACAUUGGGACGGCUCGAAACAACAUCCGGAAAGGCAGAAUGGCUUCGCUCCCGGUAUCAGGAUACCGCAACAAAAUGCUAGACAGAAGCGCGAGGCUCAAUAGUCUGGCCGGUUCUCUUACCAGCUCGGAGUCAAGUGAAGAUGAUGUGCUAUCCAGCAUCCGCAAAGCCCGGAACCAGGGCCCUCCAGGACCUCGCGCUCGGGAACACUCACCGUUUGAUGCAGCAGAGAAGCAAUUGGAACUAGUCCAUGAGGUGUGCGAAACGGCUGCGUAUCACUUUCUCCGAUCAGGUGACUGCUCGGCAGAUUUAGCCAGCGUAGAAGGCAAGUUCAAGGGCUUGCUAGACUUGGCUACCAACGAGGUUCGCCGUUUGAAGGCGGAACAGCCGGAGGUCCCUGUGGUUCAGGAAGAAACUCCAACCAUGACCCCCACGGGUACCACCAUCGAGGCCGACAGGCAGUCCCUUUCGAAGAUUGACAUCAUCGAGGUGGAUGAUGGUACAGAGUCGGUGGAGUCUAUUGACUUGACAGCUUUCCGCGCCAACCGCCGUCGUCGGUAG